UCCACAAUUCAAUAUCAGAUUCCCUCGCCGACACCAUGACCGGUCCAGCGCCUUUUCAGCUCAAUGACACGGACCGUGAAAUCUUAUCUAUGACUGAUGAGCAAUAUCAGUUCCAUACCUGGGAGGAUCUGAAAAAGAUUAUAGCGAACAAUGAUCUUGCCGUUCUCAAACGCAAGCCUUCGGAUUUGGUUCGAUACAUUGCAUGGAGUAGCGGGGUCAAGGAACAAUAUGGGACAAUUACAAAAUACAUUUGCGAAGAGCGGCUGCAUUGGCCGCCACUGAUCUCUGCGGAUGGUGGAGUGGCGUUUACCUACAACAACCCCACCCCGUUCGCCGACCCGGCUGACUACAAGAUCCUCCGGAACGACUGGCCGUACGGAGUCACGCCCGAUAUCACCCAUAUGGUGGUAUGGCUGAAGACGCCAAUCCCAAUUGACUCGCAGACGGGAGACUUGACGCCUGAAUCGCGAAUGCUCAUCGACGCAUUUGUGGACAAGACGUUCACUUCGCGCUUGGGACCAGAGCGAGUGCAAUGGUUCAAGAACUGGGCGCAGUUACAAAGCGUUCGUGGACUGGAACAUGUCCAUGUGCUCUUGAAAGAUGCUCCACCGGAGCUCAUCAAAGAGCUUACGGGAGAGUGACAAACACAUUUGAUAGGAUUUUUUUGAUUCUUUGCUUUGUUCGUGGACUGGAACAUGUCCAUGUGCUCUUGAAAGAUGCUCCACCGGAGCUCAUCAAAGAGCUUACGGGAGAGUGACAAACACAUUUGAUAGGAUUUUUUUGAUUCUUUGCUUUAGAAGGUUUAUUAUUAGAAGAGCGUACCUCCGUACCGCCGCCGCAGCAUUUCGUUUCGCGUUCAAAGCAUCAAGAUCUUAUCAUAUAGAUAAUCAUUAUCCUUCUAGUUAUAGAGACCAAUAAUGCA